CAGCAUUUCUACCUGUCAAUUCAGCCGCGCGCGCUGCAUCUCGAUGCCGGUCGCUAUGUCUACCAGGCACCCAUGCCCGACAAAAACAGCAAAGAAAGUGCCACUAUCUGCUAUGUAUAGUGCGGCCAGUCAGGUGAUACGUAUGAGACUGCAGUUCUAGACCUGCUUGACAAGCUUGUGUCGGAGCCAUUCUUUGACCAGCUGCGGACUAAGGAGCAGCUGGGCUACCGGGUUCACGCAAAUAUAAAAACCUAUGGCAAGAGCAGCGCGCUGCAGUUCUACAUUCAGGGCGAAAGCAAUCCCACUUAUGCCACAAUGCGCAUAGAUGCGUUUGUGCAUGAUUUCCGCCAGUACCUGCUUGAUUUUGACGCUGCCAAGCUGGCCACACAAAUCAAAUCGAUUGUCGAUCAAGCCCGCGAAAGGGUCAAGAACAUAUCGCAAGAGACUGCCAGAUAUUGGUCACAGAUUGAUAGCGAAAACUACGACUUUGGAAGUGUCGAAAGAGGCGCUGAGCAGAUAAGCAGGCUGACUAGAGACAACUUGAUCGCGUUCUGGGACAAGUAUAUCAAUCCACAAACCGCGCCUCAUUACACACGUGUCGACAAUCAGGUGUGGUCGUCUGCAGCUGCACAACCAUCCGCUGAACAGUUUGGGGCGCACACUAGCGGUACCAUUGCGCUGCACGGAUGCCUCCACAAAGAAGGGCUGUCUGAGUUGUCACUUGCCAAGAUUCAAAGCAUGGUUUCAAGUAUUGCUGCUGCCAAUUUCAGUGCUAACGACGAAGACGCCUUACUGAGCAGACUCGGAGACAUGGUGGGAUGCACACAGCACGUUGGCCGCAUCUUUGCGCCAGGAACACAAGCAAGAAAUGCUCUGCAAAUGGCCAUUGACAGCUCGAGAGUUUCUUUCAACCAUGCAGUUGCCAGCGGCAAGGAUUUCACCAAAAUCGGCAUGCACCAGUCGCCCGACGGCGUGUGGCUCAUCACUGACAUUGAAAAGUUCAAGGCCACUCAAAUGCUCCACGGCUCGAGCAUCCCCUAUGCUGUGUCUGUUCCCAAGUAUAACUACUAAAACGCAUUGUCUCUAACGCUCUUUCUUUUACAAGUUGGAUGGAUACACUUUUAUACUUUUAUAUUGCGUGAACAAGACAUGUUUAAUUUUAUUUGUGUGGCUGAUUGGAAAACAAGAUAACCACCCGAGUUUUUUUAAAUGGAGUUUUAAUGUCCU